AUGUCGGAAGAACAAUCAUAUCAACAGCAAGAUAACGAACCCCAGCCGUGGUAUAGAUGUGUCCAAAAGCCUCCUCCCUUUCACAUUAUCAAGAAGAUAUCUUCAAAGCAACCUAAUGCCUCUGCUUUCCGUUCACUUGCCUCUUUUCCCUGGCACGUCGAUUCCUUGACCACCCUCUGGAAGGGUAGCCUUUACGAUCAGGAAACAUUGAAAAAAUGGGAGACAAUGAUUUCUGCGUACUCAGAUGCGGUCGCGGUCACCUCUGAUCAUGAGCUUUAUAUCUUUUUCAUCCAUAGCCAAAAAGAUCCCGUUUGCGCCAGACUUCCCGCGGACCCUCCAGAAUUAAAGUUACUCCCUGCCGAUGUAAUGUACAUCUCUUGGGCUUUGAGCCUCAAUGCGCUCUUUGAGCCUCUAGUCGUUUUCUCAAGAGCAAGUCUUUUAUACGUAUACAGCGUACCCCGCAACUCUAUCUUGGGGUAUCUUCGUGGGCAUGGAGGGGCAAUUACAUCCAUCAAUGUCCACCCUGUAAACCCGCACCUUUUUUGCACGACAUCGCGAGACCAUUCUACGCGAAUUUAUGAUCUUACACUUUCUCCCCAACAGUUGCCUAACAACACGCAUUGGCCUCCAAGUACAAAACCCAGUCUGGCAGGCGCGGCACAUGGCUUGCAUAUGACUGAGGCAGAAGGCAAUGGGAUCGGUCGCUGCGUGGUUGUUUUAAUGGGUGGCCGAUCGGGGGGACAUCAGGCUGCGGUUCUAGGGGCUGUAAGCCUUUAUGUUUUCAUUUCCUGGACAUCUGCCGAGACUCUCAAGGCUUUUCAUCCAGAGCUUCCCCUCAUCGCCACUUGCGGGCUUGAUAGGGCAGUCAAAAUCUGGGUUGUGCGCCCCACUUUUGAGGAUCGUCUGAAACGAGAAGACAAACCUCUUUUUAGCAGUAGUAGGAUUCAUAGAGGACGGGUUCUUUCGGUAACUUGGCUACAGCACGAUCUUCUGUUGACCCACAGUGGCCCUGCUUUGAUGCGCACAUACCAGGAUCCGAUGAACAAGACGGUGCACACAGAGCCUGGAGAGUUGGUCAUUUGGCGGUGGCUGGGCAUCGACAGGUUUUUCCCUCCGGACAAAGAGGACGUAUCUCAAGAUUUACUGCGUGGUUGCGCCUCGGAUUACCAAGAGAGCUCAUCCUUCAAAUUCGUUUCCGUAAACGCAUUCCCGAACGGGACAACGCCACAUAUUGCCCCAAAUCUAUCUGUGUAUCACUCAUCGAUCCACGACCCCGUUUUACUGUGUGUCUAUCCGGAAUCAUCCUCCUUCCUUAUGUUGAAUGCCGGCUUUUUACCUGCUCGCCGUCCAUUCCCGUUCCCCGUUGAGAAACAGGGGCUUGUGUCUGUAGAAGAAGAUGGAGAGGAAGUGAUACCCACAGCACGUGAUGACAAAGACGGAGGUGGAGAUAUGUCAAAUGUUGUGCAACUCCCCCCUGAAAUUGUGGGGUGGCGUGUUGGUUUAAACGAUCACAUCACUGGUCUACACAACUGCGUAAUGGGGAUGGGCGGUCAGGUCAUUAUAGGUGUAGGAGCCAAAAAACAUCUGUGGAUCUGGCAGUUGAGGGAAAAGAAAAUAUACUCUAAGUCUAUGUUACUAUAA